CCCACACACACCCGAGCAAACACUCGUUUGCUGCAAGUUAGCAGUAGCCGUCCAGUGUGUGUGUGAGAUGAGCGUGGAUGAGGACACUGCGGUGGCGCAGGCGCGUGCGUGGUGUGCGCAGCACCACAGCAACGUAGAAGGCAUCCAAAUUGUGGGCGUUCACCAGCUGUCCCCAACACACUUUGCCAUCUCCUACACGGUGCCACACGAUGCUGAGAAUGCACCCAAAGACAGCAGCGAACCAUCCGACCAGGAGCCAGUCAAGUACACCCGGCACUUUGCCUUUGAUCCACAGAGCAAAACCGUUCUCUCUGCCCAUGCCCCUCAAGACUCUCCAUCUCGGAAACAACACAAUGGCCACCCACAAAAUCCCGACGAUGAUGACGAUGACGAUGAUGAUGAUGAGGAUAACCUGCGCAUUACAUCUGCGGAAGCUGCAGAGGAACUCGCCAUGCUGGAGCAGGAACAAGAACUCUCUGUCGACGAACUGAGAAGGCUGUAUGGCGCACCUGACCUGUCCACCGCAGACAACCAGGCCAUCUUGGCUGCCGUCUGCCCGGAGACAGCCAUGUCCCUCGCAGCAGAAUGGUACAAGUCCAAGGGCCCGUACGGCGCGACGUACACCAUGCGGCCCUUUCGCGCAUUCAAGAACGCCCCAGCACAGUGGUCCAUCAAGUUCAAGGUGUCACCUGACACGAGCUUUGUGUAUUUCCGUCGCUUCCACAUGAGCGUGGAGGGCGGCGCGGCCGUUGUCACAGACUGGAGCGAAGAUCCGGAAGUUCCACCAGGGGUUGACUACGACCCUGCGGACGACGGCGAUGGCGACGACGACGACGAAACGACGCUGCGGGAGGACGAGGAGGCGCUCGGUGACGACGACGACGAACUCGCAGACCUCCAGGCGGACAACGAAUUGAGUGUGGAGGAGCUGAUGGCGAAGUACUACGGGGGCGGUGACGGUGAUGGCGAUGGCGAUGGCAAGGAUGAUGGGGCGAGUAUGGAAGAAGAGAGAAAAGAACAAGCAUUGACGGCAGUAGGUGCGAAUAAGGAAGCGACAACUGGUGCAGGUGAUGGUGCUGCUCGACCUCCUCGAGGGAGGAGAAAGAGGAGAGCCGCUGCCACCGCUUCUGCCGCUGUCACCGCUGCUGUUGCGGCAGAACAACAGCAGAAACGACAACAACAACAACAGCAGCAGCAGCAGCAAAGCGAUAGUGGAGAGGUACAGGCGUCAAAACGACCGAAACUGAAGGAUGAUGAUGAUACAGCCUCCCCGUCAGACUCUGGCACAGCAGCAGCGACGACGACAGCAACAGCAGCAACAACAACAACAACAGCAACAGCAACACCCUCCUCGUCGGAAGACACGACUUCGUUAUCAACGGGACCGAGAGCGGCACAUCCAACAGCCGCAGCCUCCGCCGUCGACAGAAGCAGUGGCGAUGAUGAAGGUGGUCGUGCUGGUGGUGCUCGUGCUGGUGAUGGCAAUGAGGGAGGGCUGGAAGAAGAGGAGGAUGAGGAGUGGUGUUCUGACGUGGAGGAGACGGAUCCAUUCCUGCAGUACAUGCGGCGUGCUGCUGAGGAUGCAGCCAUUGACGAGGAAUACGUCUCGUCGUACAAGCCGCCCAAGAUUGGUGCAGAGUACCAGGCCCAGGUCUCCAACGCCAUGGAUGCAAGCGAGCCAAUCCGAGGGGAAACGGCAAACAAGGUCUGGGCCCCUAUUCCGCCAGGUGCAGGGCUGUCGGCGUCUGCGCUGCGUGCGUAUGAAGAUUUGUAUCGCGGGCGGGAUGAGCGCUAUGAACACGCGCUCACGGCCCUUUUCCACCACAACUACGACCCGGAGGCAGCCCGCAGCGCCAUGGCGGCAUACAUUGAGCCGCACCCGUGGACGUCUGAGGAGAUUCAGCGUUUGCACCAGCUCGUCCUCUCAGAAAACCGCCACUUUCACCGCAUCGCAGCACAGCUCCCAAACCGAUCCACGCGAAGCGUGAUUCGCUGCUACUACGACACGAAGAAGCUCAGGCCGCGGUGCUUGAGUGCUGACCAGCAGUACGUUGUGAGCAGCGACGAUGAGGAGGACGAGGAGCAUGAGGCCGAGGGCGAGGCUGAUGCCACGAAUCCCGAGCACGCGUCGCACGGAGCUGCUCCAGCCACGACUCAUGCCAUACCAGGGCACCACCAUGCGCCUGACGGUGGCAUGCUCGCUGCGCACCCCACUGCGGAUCCCUCGCACCUGCACCCUCACCUGCAUCAGCAGCACUCGCCACACCACUCCAACCCGCACCACCCGGACGCGCCGGCAAUACCCGCGAUGGGCCACCUGUCCCCGCCCAUCCACAACCCUCUGUCGCUCCCCAUGCACGAGCACGCAACGGCGCCACCAACGUCAUCAGCGCUGGACAACCCGACCACGGUCCCCCAGCCGCCGCUGCCGCCCCUGUCCCCGCUUCCACUACACGAGGUGUCCAUGGAGGCAUUGCAAGAGGCCAUGCACAGCACAGACGAACACCACUUGCCACACUCGUCGUCGCCGCCCUAGCUGGCCAGGAUCAGUGUGCUGUGCUGGUGUUGUUGCAGUGCAUUACUGUUCGAAUGCUGUGUUUCGUUUUUCAUUUCCAUCCACCCUUCCUUCUUUGAGUUGAAUGACAAUACCUUCUUGUGUCUCAUGUACAUUUUCCAAGGAUGCAUUCCUUGACCUUAGCAUUGGUUCUGAGGCGUGCUUCGGGCACGCCGCGUUGUG